AUGAGACUAAAGAAGGUUAUACAAAAUACUCAACCUAUUACUAUAUACUUAGUUCCUAUCUUAACAUCUUUUAAUGUUGUCUUAGCUUCAACUUUUACUUUUGGAUUUUUAACAGAACUAUGUACAUCAACUAAAGUAGCAUUAAUAAAAAGUAAAUCAAUAGAGAAAAAAUUAAUUAAGGUGGAAUUAGUAGAAUUAAUAGAGGCAAAAUUAGUAAAAUCAAUCAAGAUGGAAUUAGUAGAAUUAAUAGAGAUAGAAUUAGUAAAAUCAAUAAAGAUGAAAUUGGUAAAAUCAAUAGAGAUAAAAUUGGUGAAAUUAAUAGAAACAAAAUUAGUAAAACUAAUAGCAGAUGUAUUAGCUGAAAUUGAUGAGAAAACAAAAAUGAGAUUAGUAAUUGAAGAGCUAGAUUUGUUAUUAAAAAAACAAUCAAAUAGAUGUAAGAGUUUAUUUGCAAGCAUUAAUGCAAUAUUUACGAUUAAAGUACUAUUAUAA